AUUGCUUUCCGCUUAGGCAGUAGCGUAAACCACUUCCUUUUGUCUACCCGAAACGACGCCGUGGCGGAGCAAUGGCGAGACUCGCCUUCGCUUCAUCUCCGCCACUAGCCUCAGCCCGCACUCUCCGCCGCCAUUUCUCCAUUUUCGCCGCCGUUAAUCCCAAAACUUCAGAAAUGCCCCGCCUUCACCACGCCUCUCUCGAAGUCAUCGGCGGAGGAACCGACCGUUUCCUGCCGCCUCUAAAAGACACACUCUCCAAACCUUACGACGCGUUUCCUCUUAUCGGGUUUAACCGCCACGUGGAGACCAUCUACGCCGCGUUCUACCGCUCUGUUCCUUUUGUCAGACUCCGCCGCGAGUGUCUCCGCACGAAAGAUAACGGCUCCGUGGCUCUUGAUUGGGUCGCCGGAGACGACAGUAGCCUUCCUUCCGAGUCUCCGAUCCUUAUCUUAUUGCCAGGUUUGACUGGAGGAAGCCAAGAUUCUUAUGUGAGACACAUGUUGUUACGAGCUCGAAGUAAGAAAUGGCGUUGUGUGGUGUUUAAUAGCAGAGGUUGUGGAGACAGUCCUGUUACUACUCCUCAGUUCUACUCGGCUUCGUUUUUAGGAGACAUAAGUGAAGUGAUUGCUCAUGUUGGUGCUAGAUUCCCUAGAGCUAACUUGUAUGCAGCAGGAUGGUCUCUUGGUGGCAACAUUCUUGUUAACUAUCUCGGUCAGGAGUCUCAUAACUGCACUCUCUCUGCUGCUGUUUCCUUGUGCAACCCUUUUGAUUUGGUUAUAGCGGAUGAAGAUUUCCACAAGGGUUUUAACAAUGUUUAUGACAAGGCAUUGUCGAGAUCUCUUCGUAGAAUCUUUAGCAAACAUUCUCUUCUUUUUGAAGAUAUAGGAGGUGGGUUCAACAUUCCCAUGGCUGCAAAUGCUGACACUGUUAGGGACUUCGAUGAAGGCUUAACUCGAGUAUCAUUUUGUUUCAAGACAGUAGAUGAGUACUAUUCCAAGUCGAGCAGCUCAAAAGCGAUCAAACAUGUCCGUACGCCUUUGCUUUGCAUUCAGGCAGCAAACGACCCGAUUGCACCUGAUAGAGGGAUCCCUCGAGAAGACAUCAAGGCAAACCCUAACUGCAUGCUGAUAGUAACACCAAGAGGAGGGCAUUUGGGGUGGGUGGCAGGUGAAGGAGCUCCAAACGGAGCUCCUUGGACCGACCCGGUGGUAAUGGAGUUUCUGCAACAUGUAGAGAGUUGUGAAACCAUUAAUGGGGAUAGAUUGUUGGAGGAUGUUCACCAAAUUCAAGUCUAGUUCUGUUGAUUAGUGUGUUUCACUUAUAUACUGAUAUACAUUUAUUGUUAUGAACAAGAAUUAUAUAAACACGCAAAGAAUUAUGGUGUAUAAGAGUUCUUGCACAAAAUAAUUAUUUGUUUCAAUAA